CAUGGCAAAAACUGUAAAUCAAUUAUAGACUGGCAAUAUCAAGACUUCACUAUGCGCCUACAAAAAUUGACACUUCCUGUGUUCUUGUGCAUUGCGACGGUGUCCGCCUUUUCGCUACUCACACAGUGUGGAGUAUCGAGGCCAAUACCCACGGACAGGCAUAGCGCCUACCUGCCGUGGUUGAUAGAAGCUGGACGGCAUAACACGCGGCUAAACGCGGUGGACGAAGACGCAUGGAAUGGUGGGAUUGUCUCCGGACAGGACGGGAAAAUUGGCGGGUGCUCAAUUUUACUACAAGAAGGGAAACUGACCGAUUGGGAAGUUGUCAUUGACGGUGUGGAGGCAGAUCUCGGGCGGUUCAGUGAGGCUAUCUACAAGAAACUUAUGCAAGAUGCUAAGCAGCAGAGAUUCCAAGGUUUUCGACCAGGAACGAUACCCCCUCAUUUGGAACCCACCUACAGGGCCUUUGCAAUGGAUGAGUGUGCGCGAGAAACUGUGUUGGAAGCUAUGCAACAGAACAAUAUUCGGCCAUUCGACAGUACCCAAGUAGAAAUGACAAUUUCCAAUAUAAAGAUACCACCAGUCACAGAAAAGAAAAAGAAGAGCACCAAGCGCAAGAAGGCAGCGCAAGACGCUGCGGCUAUCCAAGAAGAAUCCCAGUCGGAGGAACCUCUGUGGAGAGACUUUGCUACUAUGAAAGAAGCAAUCAAUGCCGGUUGGAGACCGGGGCAAAGCUUCAGCUUCGUAGCGAGAGGCGUCCGAGGACAACAGGUGAAGGGCGAAGAAGAGACCCAAAGGGCUAGACCAUUGGGGUUAGACUAUUAGGUAGGGAAUGGUUGUGGAAGAGCACAUGAAUUGGAAACUAGCCCUACCGUUUUGCGUGUCGCCUCUAACGCUUGUAGCGACGACGUUAGCUGCUGUAAAGCCUAGUAAAGUUCUCAUACAAUUUGUCGUU